GGGGGAGAGAGGGUGUCCCGUCUGCACGGAGCACAGACAGCAGGGAACAGCUGCAGCACUAGGUUCGCGUAGGAUUUCACUGCAUUGCGAUUAUAAUAUCCAUCAUUUCAUCCCUAAAUCAAGUACAACGGUUAAGAGAAACAACCAAACCUAGUGAAAAAUGGUUGAUCGCGAGCAGCUGGUGCAGAAAGCCAGGCUGGCUGAACAGGCUGAACGAUAUGAUGAUAUGGCAGCUGCAAUGAAAUCGGUAACAGAGCUGAAUGAGGCCCUGUCCAAUGAAGAGAGGAACCUCUUGUCCGUGGCCUAUAAGAAUGUGGUGGGGGCCCGACGCUCUUCCUGGAGGGUUAUCUCCAGCAUUGAGCAGAAGACCUCGGCUGACGGCAAUGAGAAGAAGAUUGAGAUGGUGAGGGCCUACCGGGAGAAGAUUGAGAAGGAGCUGGAGGCCGUGUGCCAGGAUGUGCUCAACCUUCUGGACAACUUCCUGAUCAAGAACUGCAGCGAGACGCAGCACGAGAGCAAGGUGUUCUACCUGAAGAUGAAGGGCGACUACUACCGGUACCUGGCCGAGGUGGCCACGGGAGAGAAGCGAGCCACGGUGGUGGAGUCGUCGGAGAAGGCCUACAACGAGGCUCACGAGAUCAGCAAGGAGCACAUGCAGCCCACCCACCCCAUCCGCCUGGGCUUGGCUCUCAACUACUCUGUGUUUUACUACGAGAUCCAGAAUGCCCCAGAGCAGGCCUGUCAUCUGGCCAAGACCGCCUUCGAUGACGCCAUCGCCGAGCUCGACACCCUCAACGAGGACUCCUACAAAGACUCCACUCUCAUCAUGCAGCUGCUCCGAGACAACUUGACACUGUGGACAAGUGACCAGCAGGAUGACGAGGGAGGGGAGGGCAACAAUUAAAGAGAAACCACACUUCGAAAAAAAAAAAAAUAUGAAGGGCCGGUGGACUUUGGCAGCCGCUUUUGCCGAUGAUACUACCGCAGCAGCAGUUCUUUAUUUUUCCAUGUGUUAAAAGAAAAGAAUCAAAAGAGAGGUGAGAGUGGAGGUUAAAUCUUAGUUUAAAUAUAUAUAGAAAUAUAUAUACAGUUGAAAGGGCCUCCGUCUUCUUGAUUUUCUCUUUGACAUUUGCCAAAACCACUGAUAUGUCAGUCAAUCAGCCUGAAGUGGUCGUUGUUGGAUUGAAAUGGCAGCCUCACACUGGCAUAGGAACUGAUCUUGUUCUAUCAAGAUAAGCUGCUUAGUUAGGUUUUUGCGUGAUAGAGAUGCAUUUGAGACACUUGAGAGAGAAAAUGCUUGAAUGGGAAUGCCUCACAAAAAUAGUUUGCAUUGGUUCCAGUACUAGUCUAUAUCAGAGAGGGCCCUGAAAGCCACUGAAAUUAAUCUUAUGAUUACCAAACUAGAAAAGAGGUUUUUGAAUUGGACGAAUUUCCCAGCUUAUUUCAAAUUGUAGUAAAUUAUAAUAAUGCGGAAUGGUCACAAAAAAAAAAAAAAAAAACGAAUUGCUUAUUUCCCUCUUUCUGUCUAAAGUGUAUUUGGCAUCUCACUGAAUUGUACCGUCUCUUAUCUGCUCCAACUAUGUCACUGGAACCAUAGAUUCUUUUGGAGGUGAAGAUUACUAAAGGCAGAGACUUAAGAAUAUAAAACAGAAAAAAAAAAAAAAAAAAAAAAAAAAAAAAAAAAACUAAAAGCAGCUUCAGAGUUUGUGGUUUACUUCUGUGUUUGUUUUAUUAAAUGCACUUGCCUACUAUACUGUUUCUUCAGUGUAAGAUGAUGACAACAAUAAUAUCGAUUAUUCAAUAUUGUGCAUGCUGGUGAUGUAUUUAUAUACAGUAGCUUGACUUUAUUAACUUAUACUGUGGGUGUUAAGUAUUCAUAUGAUUGAGAAAACAGGCUUUGUCUGAUGUUAAUUUCUAAUUUCUAAUUUAUUUUUCGUUUUGUUAUGGUUUUGAUUUGCUAUACCAAAAUGGUGAUCGUAAAAAUUGACCUGUAAUGGGCGUUGCUAUAGUGACAUGCAAUAUGUGUAUUUAAUUUGUUAAUGAAAGAAAAAAAAAGGAAGAUAAAAACCCACCAGUGAUCACUUAAUCUUACCAGCUGGUGUUCGUCACAUUGAAGUAUGAUUAUGAUAUAUUUUGUUCUUUGAACAGUAUUUAAGUACAUUUUCUGUCAUGCUAUCCAGUUUUAAUAAUGGUGAAGUUUUCAGAAUCAAUGUUUCUGUUAUGAAUUCACAACAUGGACCAUAUUUUAUUUCUGACAGUAUACAUUUUUUUGUUUGUUUGUUUUUAUACCUUUUAGCUGUUCCUGAGUGACAAAAUAUCUUGAAUGUGAGUCAUUAUGUAGCAGUUGCACAAGAACCUAAAUAAUAGCUAUGAUAAUAAAAAAGAAUAUGACUAAAUUAUAAAUGCACCAUUUUCGUGGUGGUCUAGUGUAUUGUUGUAUUGUCACCCAUAAGUAAAUUUGCUUUUAAAGACACCCAUUUCAUAGAAAAUGUUUUAACCCUUUGUUUUGUGCCCUAAGUACAAUAUGUGCUUUAAUUUUUUUGUGCCUGUACCAUUAUUUUAAAAUGCCUCAUUUGCAAGUUAACUUUUAUGAAAGUCUGCCAGUAUUUAAGUUCCUGCAAGCAUGUGUGCAAGAUGUAAUAUUUGCCCCGUCAAUGGUUCCUCACUUUUAAAUGUGUGGGUACUUCUCUCUCUGUACAGCACAUAGAUAUGAAUAUUCAACACCAAUGCACAAAUGGAGUCACAGGUGGAUCAUAGGCAAUUCAAUAGAAUUGGUUAUCAAUUAGCAAAUGUGAGAAUUCACACCUUCAGAACAAACCUUAGACACUAGGAAGCUGCUUAGGAGCACAGGAAGCUGCUGAAAGGAUUUAUCUUCAUUAUGCUGCUAGUUCUAGAGAUUAUUAGAUUAAUAUAUGAUACAGAUGGCAGUCUUGGGACAUUAUUUUUCUCGAAAAUGUAAUCGAUGGCAGUUUUGGGGGGACAUUAUUUUUCUUUCAAAUGUGAUGGCUCAAGAGAGAAACCAGAAGCCUUAAGGUCAGUCACGUAACCUUGUUCAUGCAAACCUUAUGCCAAUUAUGUCAACAUUAUGAGUCAGCCUCCGUAAGCUCACACUGUAUGUCACAGUUGCUUGAUUUAUUUUUAACAGUAGAGAGUUGAUGGCCUUGAAGGCUCACCAGAGUAAUAGUGUGCAAAACCUAACGCCGUUCAGCCCAUGUCGCAACUGCUCAAAAUCCACACGGCUCAUAAAAAUGAUAAUGGAGUCGAUUCCUAGACUGGAAUUUCUAAGUUAUGUGUUUUGAGGGGUGGAAGCUCAGAAAGUUUCUCUCCUUGUUUUUCACAUGUUUUUGAAUACCAUGUCAGGAGCAUUUCAUUCAUUGACAAGAAUACAUGCAUUGUGUUCCUUGUUAAAUUAUUAAUUUGUGUUUUUCCUCUCUGGUUUUCUUCUUUUGGUAUUUUAAGUUUUCAUUCUGUUUGAUGUUGAUCCUUGUUUCUAUGACAUUAAAACGUAGAUUUGAAGGGAAAUAGAAAAAAAAAGAACCUAUUGAAUGAAUAAUCAGUAAUUAAAUUAAUCCACAAUACCAAGUUUAAACAACAGAAUUUUUCAUCUAAAGCAUUUUACUUUGAAGAGCUGACCUACAGUACUGGAAAAUAGCAAGACACUAUCAUGUAAGGGGGAGGGGGGGGGCAGUAGUUGAAAAUGGGAUGCAUACUGUAUGCUCUGAGGAAUUUUGGUUGCCAUCUGUUGCCCAUUAAAGUUAUUUGUUUAUCGGUA